GACAAGGUAGGGCCUGGAGGCGUAAGGCGGGAGGAGUAAGACGGGAGGAGUUUGGGGGACACCCGGAGGUGCUGGAAGCGAAGUCGGGGACAGAGGGAACAGCAUUGGGGAUUCACAGGCAAGAGGGAUUGGGGUCUGAAGAAGGUUGAAAAAUGGGGCUUGGAGAGGGUGGGAGGGACGGAAGAAAGGAGCGUGCUGUUGAGGGGUGUGGAGGAGCGGUGCGCAGGGACGGGCGGCGAGGGUUCAGGUGUGGGAGAGGCGGAGGGAAAGUUCGCCCGGAGUAGUUUAACUGAGCAGGCUCCCAAGGAGGCCGGAGUCCCCGCGAGACGUCCUAGUAGAUGCUGGAGCAUUGGGAGAUGCAUGCGAAUGCAAAUUUGGGAAAUUCUCACCCCAGGGUCUGUUUCCACCCAAUUUGCCAAGUUUUAGGCCUUCUACCUGCCAAGAACCGGUAACUCUGAGGGGAAGAGUAGAAGCUAUGGGAAGGGGAGCUGGCCUUCUAUCUACUGAGCAGUCACUGGGUGCCGGAUACUGCGUUCGAUGCUGAAUAUGCGUUAUAUGUGUCGUCAUUCUUCCUGGAAAUGAGGAAACAGGUUCAGGAACUAACCUAGGCCCGCCUAACUAGAAGGAGCUGGAAAUCACACUCAGACACAUUUAAUCAAACCAGGCACCAAAAUGCUAACACUCCUUCCUGGAGAAAGAAAGGCUAGUAUUUAUUUUACUCAAAGAAGAGCUCCAUCUACAGGCAUUCACCAGAGAAGCAUUGCUUCCUUCUUCACCUUGCAGCCAGGAAAGACAAAUGGUAGUGACCAGAAGAGUGUUUCAUCUCAUACAGAAAGUCAGCUCAACAAAGAGUCCAAGAAAAAUGUGACCCAGCUAGACCAUUUGAUCCCAGGCUUAGCACAUGAUUGCAUGAUAUCCCCUUUAGCCACUUCAACCACUGCAGACAUCCAGGAAGCUGGACUCUCUCCUCAGUCCCUCCAGACUUCUGGCCACCACAGAACUGAGCUAUCUUUGCUCCAGCCUGAUACUCUAGACUGUGCUGGAGAGAGUAAUACCCCAUUGGCUUUUUCCUUCACUGAGGACUUGGAAAGUUCUUGUUUGCUAGACCAAAAGGAAGAAAAAGGGGAUUCUGCCAGGAAAUGGGAAUGGCUUCAUGGGUCUAAGAAGAACUGUCACAGUAUGAAGAAAUAUACCAAACUACCUGGGGACAAAUGCUGUCAGCCUUUAGGCAAGACUAAAUUGGAAAGAAAGGUGUCUGCCAAAGAAAACAGGCAGGCCCCUGUCCUCCUUCAAACAUACAGGGAAUCCUGGAAUGGAGAAAACGUAGAAUCAGUGAAACAAAGCUCUUGUCCGGUUUCUGUGUUUUCCUGGGACAAUGAAAACAAUGACAAGGACUCCUGGAGUCAGCUUUUCACUGAAGAUUCUCAAGGUCAGCGGGUCAUUGCCCACAACACUAGAGCUCCUUUUCAAGAUGUAACGAAUAACUGGAAUUGGGACUUAGGGCCGUUUCCUGACAGUUCUUGGACUCAGUGCCAGGAGGAUGGGCCAACUCAAAAUCUGAAGCCUGAUUUGCUCUUUACCCAGGACUCUGAAGGUAAUCAAGUUAUCAGGCACCAAUUCUAAAUGUUUUGAAGCUUUGUUCCUAAAAGUACCUUGAAAUGACAGAGAUGUAGGAAAAUAUAGUUGUGGGUGGAGAGGCGAGUGAGUUUGUUUAGGUGGGAAGGUGGCAUGGGAUGAAGUUAUCAUUACUGAGCAUCUUCCCUAUGUAAAGGGCAGUACCAUUGUUAAGACACUGGGUUUGCCAUCAUGGCUUUCCCUCAGGAAGAUGGUGGCUGAUAAAUUCCCUGAACAAGUCUAUGAUGAACACUGAGGCAGCACGGUGGGUAUUUAUCUCUCCAUGAAAGCACCUUUUACUUAGCCUGCACAGAGCCUUCCAGAUGUCUGACUGGGACCUUGCUUAUGGAUGUGUGGGGUUUUUUUUUUUUCUUUUCUCUUUUUUUUUCCUCAGAUGGAAUCUCACUCUGUUGCCAGGCUGAAGUGCAGUGGUGCGAUCUCAGCUCACUGCAACCUCUGCCUCCUGGAUUCAAGUGAUUCUCCUGCCUCAGCCUCCCGAGUAGUGGGACUACAGGCGCAUGCCACCAAGCCCAGCUAAUUUUUUUUUGCUAUUUUUAGUAGAGACGAGGUUUCACCGUGUUAGCCAGGAUAGUCUCCAUCUCCUGACCUCAUGAUCUGCCCGCCUCGGCCUCCCAAAGUGCUGGGAUUACAGGUGUAAACCACCGUGCCGGGCCAGAUGUGUGAGCUUUUAAUCUCUGGCUGAUCUUAACCCACUUCGACCUAAGCUUGGGAUGAUUACUCUUGACCCUUAUUUUGAGUGAUUAGCACAUCUCCCCACAACCCAGGUGUGCGCAGAAGAGAGGUAGAAUGGUGCUAGUUUCGUAUUUUAUUUUUGUGGUAACUGUACAGCACUUUAAAGUUAUAUACUCUAUGUUUAAAUAUACCCCUUAAAAAGCCUGAGCUAUAUAACAAUCUGGAUGUGACUGUGUUACCCUUUUCCCACAAGAUAGGAGGGAAUCCCCUUUGUAAAACUAUGAAUCCAAAUAAAUGUUUACAAAGUGGC